AUGCAUCUCUUAGCGCCGAAAAUCAGUAGCAGUCGCUUGAAUAGCAGGGUUUACGAAUAAAAAUAGAUAUUUGUGAUUUAUUGGUGCUUUUUUUGUUUUCAUACUUUACAAGUUUUUUUUUCUCUCGUAAGUAUUUGUUGGUUAAAUUGUGUUUGUCAACCCCGCUUGCGUAACAGUGAGCAGCAGUGUUAGCGUAGCAAGCGUGUCUGGAGUGGUUUGUUGUGGAAAAAAAUACGCAUGUGGUAAUUCUGUUAUCCGUUUCUAGGAUUAACUCCAGAGCGGACUAAAUAAGGAAAGAAAGAUUAGAUAGGUAAAAGAAAAAAAAAACACAAAACAACUGGGGGAGUACCUUGAAAACAGCAGCGAAACGAGUGAUGUUUCAGUCCACGUAGAGCAGCAUGCAACUUUUGGCAGGAUUCAACACAUUUCAUCUGACAUCUUGGACAGGCUGCAAGCAUCGCAGAAAUAUUUUUUCCAUCUAGGACAACAAACAUGUGUCAGGACAGCGGAACAAACAGGAUUGAGGAAUAUAUAAAGCGAUAUAUAAUUUACUUUAGAAGCCACCAGUGCUGACUGCAAAUGGACUAUUGUGACUCAUUAAUGGCUUGGCCCAGACAAGUGUUUUUGUACUGAAGUAUGUAGAGGGGCAGAUCUGACCUUAGAGAUUCACCAUCAAGUAUCAAGAUCUAUAAAGAAAAUCCACCAGAAGAAGGGGACUACAAGGAGAACGGACUGCGGAACUCAGUGUUUUGCAGGACCAGCCCCUGAAGAUGCUUCAGACUAGCAACUACUCACUGGUGUUGCUGAUCCAGCUGACACUGUUGGCCUAUGACCUCUUUGUCAACUCCUUCAGUGAACUUCUGAGAGGAGCAGCUGUCAUCCAACUUGUGCUUUUCAUCAUCCAGGACAUUGCAAUCUUGUUCAACGUGAUCAUCAUCCUCCUGAUGAUGUUCAACACGUACGUGUUCCAGGUCGGCCUGGUGUCGCUGCUUCUGGAGAGGUUCAGGGCUCUGCUGAUAUUCUCUGCUCUUUACCUGACCCUGAGCAUCUGCUUCCACUGCUGGGUGCUGAACCUAAGAUGGCUUAAUUCAAACAGUUUUGUUUGGACAGAUGGUCUACAAGCUCUUUUUGUUUUUCAGAGAACAGCGGCUGUGUUUUAUUACUACUUAUACAAACGUACAGCAGAGUACAUGGGGGACCCGAGGCUGUAUGAGGACUCUCUGUGGCUGCGUGAUGCCUUUGCCAGAGCUCGUCAGUGAAGCAGAGAGACAGACUGUGGAAAAACAUAACUGAGCAUCAUUAGCUAAUCCUAAUUCUGGAAUUUUUUUUUACCCUUUUUUAGAUUUUAUAUUUGGAAAUCCUUGCACCAUUAAGCAUCUCUAACAAAGUAACACUAAUUAUUAUUAUUAUUAUUUUUUACACAUAAAGGGAACUCAAUAACUCAUCAAGGAUGAAGCAAAGUGUCAACCACUGUUUGUGUUUACUGGCUCUUUGAAGCAAAGAGGCUGCAGGUUAAAUGGUUUACAACAGCAGGUAAGCCAUGUGUGGCUUAUGUAGUAUUGUAUUAAUCAGGAUUGAGUCUGUUAAUCUAUGUGGCCUUGUAAAUCAGUUCGGGUUGCAGACAGACUGCAACAUGCUGAAAGAAUGUUUUGAAAAAAAAAAAAAUGGUGUAAAUGCAGGUUUUGCCUCCUAUUGCGUGCUUUUUAAAAUCUGUAACAAUGGAUAGUUUUUAGAACAUUGUAUGCUCAUAGUUUUGUUGGAAAGCAAGUUUUCCCUGCAAUGGAAGAUCAAUUGGUCUGUUUUGCCUUAUGUAAAAUUAGCACAUGCUGUUUACAUGAUUGAUAUUUUAAUAAUUCAAUUGUCAUGUGAACUCAGUUUUCUUUCAUUGGAGAUCUUUGAAUUGUGUCUCCACUGCUUUUAUUA